AUAUCCCCUUCGAUGAUGCCAUCUCACUAUUUCCCGAGAUCGUGGAACCAUUCGCGUCCGGCAGUGAUAGUUCUAGUCGUUUUCUUCAAUUUAAUGGGGUAAAUUAGCUAAUAUCACCGAACGCUGUACCUUCAUCUGAAAAAAUGCAACGCCUUUGGGUGGACUGACCCCGUAUCGAGGUCCUCUCAGCCAGUGAUGUCGUUUACAGGCUGCAGAUCUCCCGCGGGAUACUAUCAUCGCGACUCGUAGGUAGCCAUGACGAACUGCAUUGGACGAAUCUCUGCCGUGAGGGUCUAUGCAUGUAUGGGUGGGUAUUUUGCGGGAUUCCUAUCUUGUUCCCUGCAUUAAAAAUCAUACUUAUGUUGCCGCGGUCACCCUUUGUCGCAAAUGAUUGUUCAACGUCCUGCUUUUCUUGGCCAAACUCUCAUCAAAUUCCUUUUCAAUGGCUAUUUUGGAAGAUGAGAAGGUGCCUGGCGCGGCUCAACAAACCAAUGGCUCUUUCGAGGGUGCCUCUUCGAGUUCGGAUCGCGACUUGGACGAGACCUACAAGGUGUACAAGGCUACAGAGCAAUUGGAAGUAACUGAAAUCGAGGUCAAGAAAGUAGUGCGCAAGAUCGACUCACGAAUUGUUCCUGUUCUCUUCGUUACAUACAUGCUACAAUAUCUCGACAAGAACUCUCUUAACUUUUCGAGUGUAUAUGGGCUCCAGGCUGGCACGAACCUGCAUGACCAAGACUACGCGUGGCUUGGGUCGAUCUUCUAUUUCGGAUACUUGAUAUCACAAUUUCCGUCAUCAUUUCUUCUUCAACGAUUACCGAUUGGGAAGUUUGUGUCCAUUACGACUAUACUAUGGGGUGUCAUCCUCAUGACUACGCCAGCAUGCACAUCAUUCGCUGGUAUUGCUACAAACCGUUUCCUCCUCGGUGUUACUGAAGCAACGGUGAAUCCUGCUUUCGUAUGGAUCAUGUCAAUCUGGUACACGAAUGCCGAACAACCAUUGCGAUUAGAAGCAUAUUACUGUACUAACGGCAUUGCGACGAUGUUCGGCGGCUUGAUUGGUUACGCUAUUGGUCAUAUCACAACCGGGCUUCCUCGAUGGAUGUACGUUUUCCUCAUUUUCGGCGCUCUCAGCACGGCUUGGGGUAUCGUGAGCCUACUCAUUCUUCCUGACGUACCCUCAACCGCAAAAUUCCUGAACGAAACGGAACGGGCCAUUGCGACCAACAGAGUGUCCAAGAAUCGCCAAGGAGUCAAGAACUCUCAUUUCAAGAAGGACCAAGCGAUUCAGUGUGCCAAAGACCCCAAGACAUGGAUUCUAUUCGUGAUGGCUACUGGCGCUCAAGUGCCCAAUGCCGCCAUCACAAGUUUUACAAGUAUCAUUGUUAAAAGUUUUGGAUUUGACACCUUGGGUACGCAGUAUCUUCAAAUCCCCGGCGGUGCAGUCCAGUUUCUGGCUUUGAUUCUUGGUGGUUGGAUAUGUACGAAAUGGCCCAAUGGUUCUAGAUGUCCGACCAUGCUUGUCGCCAACUCCAUCUGCAUUCUCGGCGCCGCAAUGCUGGUUGGCUUGCCCAGCAAUAACAAAUGGGGCCGUCUCGUGGCAUUAUGGCUGUGCUACUUCCAGGGUCUUGGUUUUAGUAUGUCACUCACUAUGAUAUCAUCAAAUAUCGCGGGUUCCACCAAGAAGCAGUUGACGGCCGCGGUGCUGUUCACCGGAUAUUGCGUCGGCAACAUCAUUGGUCCUCAGACAUUCAUCAGCAGUGAGGCUCCCGGCUAUCACAGUGCAUACAUUGCCAUGCUUGUUGGCUACGUCGUGAAACUUCUGUCGAUUGUUGUUCUCUAUAUCUACAUGUGGCGCGAAAACAAGAGGAGAGAUGCCGCAGGGCUUACCGAUGAGAAGGCGGCUGUUGAGGCUGGAAUGCACGAUAUCACUGAGCUCGACAAUAAGGGCUUCAGAUACUCACUCUAGCCAGGCAGAUAGUUGACCUCGAAUUAGAACUUCUUCUGAUCAU